AUGGCCGACUUAUCUGAUUUGUUUAAUGAAUCCAGGGAAAUACAUCGCCAACUUCAUAAAUUCCUUGAAAGCUUACCUAAAACAACUGAUGAAAUCUUUGCGCGGGCCUGCAUGACUUCAUUGGAAACAAAUACUUCUGAUUUCUAUGAAAUUAUUGAGUAUGUUAGAGAAAGAUUAAAUGUAGGUCUUUGGCGUGACGUUCCCGCUUUUUGGCGUGAGGCUUAUGCUCUUUUGCGUUUAGCUUCCGUUGUUUCAAUUUUGCAUUCUACUCAGGUCGGUGGGAUCUGCGAUAUGAAAUUUGUUAUGUGGCAGCUUGAUGACGCUCUCAUCAUGGGUCAUUCAGACGAAAUUCAUCAAAUUUUAACCCGUUUUGCAACAUUAGCGAACGCAUUCUUGUUUAAAUCCUUUCCAUCCGAAGCCUUUCCAAAUAAAUAUUCUGAUAUCAAUACGCCAUCUCCAGAGCUGUCAUCGCUAACUUUUUCCGGGGAGAUUAUUUCUGAAUUGAAACGUGUUCAUCGGCCAUCUCUUGAGGAGUUUACAGAGAUCCUCAAACAAGGAAUACCUGUCAUUGUGACAGGUGCAAUGGACCACUGGCCAGCAUGCAAUGAGUCUUCUGAUCGAUAUUGGUCUCCAGCCUAUUGGUCUAAAAUUGCUGGCCACCGUACUGUUCCAAUCGAAGUCGGCUCAGCCUACACCGACGAAUCCUGGGGUCAGUGUCUAUUAACUAUUAAUGAGUUCUUUAAAACUUUCAUUCUUCAUCAUAAGGAUGACCAAAAGCCAGGUUAUCUCGCUCAACACCAAAUUCUCCUUCAAAUACCGGAACUUGGUGAUGAUGUUGAUAUUCCUGAUUACUGUUUUACUGGAGCACCUGAAGACGAUUCUUCGGAAACUAUAAUUGAUAGCAAUAUUUGGGUUGGCCCUCGUAACACCAUUUCACCACUUCAUCAUGACAGCGAUCGAUCCAACGUCCUCUGCCAGUUGAUUGGCAAAAAAUAUGUUAAGUUAUACACUGCGAAUCAAACAGAGUUAAUUUAUCCUCAUAUGGAAAAUUCCAUGCUCAAAAACACCUCCCAAAUAGAUGUUGCUAGUUUACAUCCCGAUUUCAGCAAAUUUCCAAAAUUCAAAAAUGCUCGUGGUUACCACGGUGUGUUAGCUGCAGGAGAAAUGCUCUUCAUUCCUCCUCGGGCUUGGCAUUACGUUCGCUCGUUGACAACCAGCAUUUCAAUGAACUUUUGGUGGUCUGUUGAUGCUUCCUUCAUCCCCCUUUGGCCCGAAUUCUACAACAUGUCUUCAUCAAAGUCGAGGGAUGAAAAAGAAUUUGAUCUUGAACAGCAGUUUAUUCUUCGUAUGCCUGAGGAUGCUGCCCGGUAUCUCGCCGAAGACAUUGAUCUUGGAGUUGCCUUUAGAGACAACUUUACAUUGGAGUUAAAGCAGGAUCAUCGGCAUUGCAUAGUUCGCUACAAUGGGCAGGUGUACCAAGGUCGAAUAAUGGAUCUUCCGUGCAUUAUCGAGUCACAGAAGACGACGGACAGGAAGAACUUCUAUCAAACAGCCAGCAUCUCUCAGAUAAUAAUAUGCACUCAGGGUGAUGAUGGCAUCGCUCCCAUUCGCGGCUCCGCUGCCUACGUCCCCCCUAAAGAUUCGGCAUGUGGGGGGGCCUCUACACAACCACCCUCCGUGCCUACUGUCAAUGAGAAGGAUCCGCGGAUGUAUCAAUAUCUUCACGGCAUUACUCCUCCUCUCAAGAACGCUCUUCGACGUCGUUUCAGAAAGACUCGCAAGAAGAAAGCCGUAGAUUUGAGUCAAGUCGAACAGGAAGUCAAAAAUAUGCUGAAAAAUGACCUCCGUGCUGAUGAUGUCACUUAUUUUACUUUUCAUUCUGUCUUCAGCUGGGAGAUUUCAUGGGUUGAUACAUCUUCUGAGCAACACCCGCAGACAACGAUGCAGUCAACCGCAGGAGCUGGAGGUGGAUUUGAGGUUGAUUCUGGAGACGCUGUUCAAGAGGAGGGCUCCAGAUUGAAAUCCUCUAUUUCCAGUCCCACUUUGGACUUGAGUCCUGCACUCGUCAGUGGUGGCCAAGAUGGUCGCCGUCACCACGUGGCUACUGAUGAGCUCUUUGGAGCGGUGAGCAGCAGCAGCAGUAGCAGCAAUUCGAGUUCAAUCAAUUCUAGCAGCGCUGCGGAGGAGGAGGAGGAGGAGACUGAUGUCGAAGAAAGCGAGGGGGUAGACGUUGCCAAAGAGAAUUCUGCUCUUUCCUCUGCCGCUCUCUUUCAUGACGCUCAUUUACAAAUGGAGACGGCUGAUAUCAGUGAAAUGGAUGAUGAUUACGAAAAAGUUGCGGAAGGCGCCGAGGAUGAGCAGAUGAAAACGGCCCUUCUCCUCUCAGACUCCGAAUCGUCCGCCGGCGAUGACGAAUCUGAUGAUUAUCCUGGCAUGGAAAACGCCCUCACUCCCCAGGAAAUUGCCGACCGUUAUCAGCGACAACUUCAGGCACAGCAGGAGGCCAAUGGUGAGUAG